AUGAUCACAACCUUUUUUAACAACAUCAUAAUCUUGGUCUUUUUUGAUGAUGGUAUUUUAAAUAAUCUUUAUCAAUUUGAAGGAAUGUUUAAAGAAGAUGAACAAAUGUUUCAAAAUCAUAUUUAUAAUUCUUUUCUUGGUAAAAAUAAUGAUUUUCGUUAUUAUAAUACUUUCGAAGAAUAUAGGGAUUUUGACUUUUUACCUCUUUUUGAUCACAAUCGUUUUCUUCGCUAUGAUAAUAACAAUCUUUUGCCUUCUUGUUUUUUACCACCCCGUUAUCGAUAUCAUAGCAAACCUUUUAGUUGGGUUAUGGAUUCGGGAAUAUCAAAAUUGUAA